UGCAAGUGAGUGCGCGGCGGCUGCUGGGAGUGUUGCAGACCCGGGCACAGAAAUGUCAGAGGCAGCGCUGGAUGAGAUCUCUGCCCUGUCUGCCAUAUACUGUGCGCAGGGCGAGUGUGAAGUGCUCUCCCAUUCAGACAACGGAAUAACUGCAGCGAUUCAGACAAGUUUACAAGGUGUAAAAGAUUCGGAGAUACAUCUAAGACUUUUAUUUGAACUGCCGGUUACGUACCCGUCAUGCCUGCCAAAUAUUUCUGUCAGCUCCAAGGAACUUACGAGGACGCAGUGUAGCAUCUUAAAAGACAAAUUACUUGAACAAGCUAAACAACAUAUUUUGGAACCCAUGAUACACAAUUUAAUUCUAUGGCUGCAACAGAAUCUAAAAUAUCUCAUUAAGGAGACGGAAACAUCUGUUUUGGAAGAAAACCGCCCACUGACAGACGAAGGGACGUGGACAGUGCUUCUGCAUUUAGAUCACAUGAGAGCUAAGAACAAAUAUGUCAAAACUGUAGAAAAAUGGGCAACUGAUUUGAAGUUGUGUGGAAGAUUGAUGUUUAUGGGUAAAAUAAUACUGAUUCUUCUUCAAGGGGAAAAGAGUAGGAUUAGGGAAUAUUUGGUGUUGCAGAAAACCUGUAAAGUAGAUGUUGAUUCAAGCGGAAGGAAAUGUAAAGAAAAAAUGCUCAGCGUCCUUUCAGAAGCGAGAUUACCCUCCGAGCACAAAAGAUUUCACUCUUUUGAAGUACAAGAAUAUUCAUCAGUUGGCGAAUUAAAAAAAGAAUUUGAAGACGUGGGACUUGGAACCGUAUUCACUGAAUUUGUUCAAUCUCUUUUUUAAAGGGACUUUUUUUUUAUUUGCAAACUAUGUAUCAGCAAUAAAACACUGCAUUGCCAACGAUCUACAAAGAAAUGUAUUAUAAACAUUUAUACUUUAGUUCUAUUAGCAAAGUUUGAAUUGUUUUGUAGUUCAGGGAUAUACCACUUGAAUCUCUUUUUUGUUGUUGGUGUAAGUAGAUAGGUACAGCUGUAAAUAAACUCCUGCACUGAUCAAUCAGUUUCUAGCAUUUUGUAGAGAUAAGCUUCUGCAGGAAAACAUAGAUAAACUAAAUACUGAAGGUUCAUUGUAAAGUUGUUUUAAUUAAGCAUUUUAAUGAAAAUUAAAUGUUUAAAUUUAAUGUCUUUUAAAGUGUAAAGAAACUAAAAUAAAAAUGAUGUCAACCUUAUAACAUAAGAAUAUUUAAACAUAUUAAAGGGACAUGAAAAAACAAUAAUAAAAUGCUCUAUGUUAAAAUA